AAAAAGUGACGCAGAAAUUUCGCGAGAGAUUAUUAGCGGCCAAGUGUAUCUGUGCCGGUUACGACAGUCAUCCAGUUGCCGGGAUGGACGUCAGGGAGAUGAUACUUUUAUGGAGACUUGUGUCUCUCAUGUGGACAGUAGCUCUAGUGUAUUGUAUGCCAAGUGUUUUGCUCAAUAACGUUGAGACUGUUAACGUUAAUUCCAUGAAAUUACUGGAAUUUCAUUUAUAUACGAGAGAGAAUCCGUUCGGAGAGGAGGAAUUAUUCUUGAAUAAUACCGAGGUUCUGUAUGCAUCGCACUUCAACGAGAGUCGCCCAACGAAAUUGAUCGUUCAUGGAUUCAGUGAUACCGGAAAUGAGGCCUGGAUCCAUGAUUUAUUGAAUGCCUACCUCAAGCAUAGGAACGUCAACGUAAUCAUCGUCGGAUGGGGCAUAACGGCCGCGGACGCCUAUCCCGUGGCAGCCAACAACACCAAAAAAAUUGGCAAUUAUCUUUCCGAUUUUCUCGUGUUCUUAAAUCGAGAGUCAAAUUUGGAAUUUGAAGACGUACAUAUUUGCAGCCACAGCCUAGGAUCCCAUGUUGCGGGAUAUGCUGGAGCUAACUUGAAGGGUAGAAUCGGCCGGAUAACAGGCCUCGAUCCGGCAAGCCCUCUUUUCGAAACCAUCCAUGGCCUUGUUCAUCCGGACUCGAGACUAGAUCCAACUGAUGCUCAAUUUGUUGAUAUUAUUCACACGAGUGGUUCAGCAUUUGGAUUUCUUGCACCCAUUGGACAUGCUGAUUUCUACCCGAAUAGCGGGAAAUUUCCACAGCCCGGUUGUUCAUUUCCACCCACAAUGACAUAUUGCAGUCACUCGAGAGCUCAUCAAUUUAUGACAGAAAGUAUUGGUAAUGUGAAUGGGUUCAGAGCAAGGCAUUGCGAUAAUUGGGAGAAAUACAAAGCGGGCAAAUGCAAUUACAAUCGUAUUGCCGUAAUGGGAGAGUACGCUGUCGCAUCAUUACGUGGGAAGUUCUAUUUGUCGACUCGUCAGGAUUCUCCAUUUGCUCUCGAAUGAAAUGAGAUUCAUUGUUAGACCAAAAAUAUCCUCAUGCUAGUCAUUAUCGAAGUGCCUUUCUAUUUAUGUAUCUAAUCGACUAAUUAUUCUAAUUGCAUAUCUCUUAUCAAAUGCGAGUAUGUCAAUGUCUUUUCUUUAAUAUUUCCUGUGUCAAUACAGAAUAAAUAACAUUAUUUUAUAUUCA